GCUGGAGCUUCCACCACCGACCUGUCUGGCGGGCAGGGCCAGGUCUGGGCAAGUUGGAGGGGGCGGGAGGCAGCACCCAGGUCCCCGCCCUGUUUCCAGCACCCAGGCCUCUUGAAGCCCUUGCCUGGGCUCCCACAGGCCCUAGGCAGGGACACGGAGGGCCCUGGGGUGACCUCCACCCCCACCUCCACUCCAUCCGGAGAAGAAAGAGUCCCACAGUUGGGACUCUGCAGGCCCUGUGAUGUCACCUGGUGGUCUGUGAAGCGCCCACCAUGGCCCGGUCCCUGACUUGGGGCUGCUGUCCCUGGUGCCUGACGGAGGAGGAGAAGACUGCCGCCAGAAUCGACCAGGAGAUCAACAGGAUUUUGUUAGAACAGAAAAAACAAGAGCGCGAGGAAUUGAAACUCCUGCUGUUGGGGCCUGGUGAGAGCGGGAAGAGCACGUUCAUCAAACAGAUGCGCAUCAUUCACGGUGUGGGCUACUCGGAGGAGGACCGCAGAGCCUUCCGGCUGCUCAUCUACCAGAACAUCUUCGUCUCCAUGCAGGCCAUGAUUGAUGCGAUGGACCGGCUGCAGAUCCCCUUCAGCAGGCCUGACAGCAAGCAGCACGCCAGCCUAGUGAUGACCCAGGACCCCUAUAAAGUGAGCACAUUCGAGAAGCCAUAUGCAGUGGCCAUGCAGUACCUGUGGCGGGAUGCGGGCAUCCGUGCAUGCUACGAGCGAAGGCGUGAAUUCCACCUUCUGGACUCCGCGGUGUAUUACCUGUCACACCUGGAGCGCAUAUCAGAGGACAGCUACAUCCCCACUGCACAAGACGUGCUGCGCAGUCGCAUGCCCACCACAGGCAUCAAUGAGUACUGCUUCUCCGUGAAGAAAACCAAACUGCGCAUCGUGGAUGUUGGUGGCCAGAGGUCAGAACGUAGGAAAUGGAUCCACUGUUUCGAGAACGUGAUUGCCCUCAUCUACCUGGCCUCCCUGAGCGAGUAUGACCAGUGCCUAGAGGAGAAUGAUCAGGAGAACCGCAUGGAAGAGAGUCUCGCUCUGUUCAGCACAAUCCUAGAGCUGCCCUGGUUCAAGAGCACCUCCGUCAUCCUCUUCCUCAACAAGACGGACAUCCUGGAAGAUAAGAUCCACACCUCCCACCUGGCCACAUACUUCCCCAGCUUCCAGGGACCCCGGCGAGACGCAGAGGCCGCCAAGAGCUUCAUCUUGGACAUGUACGCGCGCGUGUACGCGAGCUGCGCAGAGCCCCAGGACGGUGGCAGGAAAGGCUCCCGCGCGCGCCGCUUUUUCGCACACUUCACCUGUGCCACGGACACACAAAGCGUCCGCAGCGUGUUCAAGGACGUGCGGGACUCGGUGCUGGCCCGGUACCUGGACGAGAUCAACCUGCUGUGACGCAAGGAACCCCAAGCGGGACGUCGGUGCGCGACGCGGUCGUGGCGAGGACAUACCUCCCCCUGGUGGCCGCUCGUGGAACUGCAGGUCCGGGAGCUGCCAAGUGGGGAAGCCAGCCCACAGGGAGUGAGUCCCUGCUCCCUACCGGGCCCCCAAGCCCAGCUCCCCUGUAAUUUAUUCCCUGGCCCUUCUUCUAGUUGUUGGAGAAAGGACAUGAGCCGGGUCUUUAACCCCAGCGCUCCGGAGGCAGAAGCAGGAGGAUCUCUGUGAGUUCCAGGACCCUGUUUCAAAAAACAAAAAACAAACAAAACCGGAUAGAACUGUCCGGGACCUUGUGACUUCCCAGGGGCCCUGUUCACGUCUUCCUGUGGGGACCAUUCCAUCUUACCAAAGGGGAAACCGAGGUCGGCAAGAUGGCUGGUAAGAGCGCCUUGCCACCAAGCCUGACAACUGGACUUCAGGACCUGCUCAGUGGACAGAGGGAGCCAAGUCCUAGGAGAAGUUCUCUAUCUCCUCAGGCGUGCAUGGCGGUGACACACCUACCCACACAGAUAAAUAAAUGUAAUUUAAAAACAAA